AUGUCCGACCCAUUAUCGGUUGCAGGAGGUGCAGUUGGCAUCAUUUCGCUUGGUAUUCAGCUGUGCAAGGAGAUUAUCUCCUAUACGGCAGCAUGGCGAUCCCACGACGAGGAUAUUCUGGCCGUUGGUAUUAAGGCUGAAGAGCUGCAAACAGUCUUGAAAGCACUACGCGAGUUCGUGGCGGAUAUCCGACUCACCGAUCCUGCGGUUGCGAGAGACCUCAAUCAGAAGGCCAUAGGUCUUCACUGUCAGAUAGAAAAAGUCAAGAGACAUAUCGACCAGUAUAGACCUGCUCUCCGUGAUAGUAGCAUUAGCAAAUUUCGCCAUAAGCUCAAGAAAACCGCAUAUCCGAUUGUUGCGCGAGACUCUUUGUGCGCUAUGAAGGCUGAUAUGGACAGUAUGCAGACAAACUAUACAGACAGUACUAGCUAUAAGGUGCAGAAGUCCGAGAGUAGAGAAGAGAAAAUGCUCCAACUUAUCGAAGAGAUGCGUCUUACCAUGAGGAGCGCGUCAUUGGGGACCAUCCCAGCGCCGGGACUACUUCGAUCAUUCUGUGAUCGACCUAUCGAACAUAAACAGGUAUCCAACAAAGAUUCGCAAAGGGUAGCGAAGACCAAAGUUGAAGAAAGCGACCCGACUUACCAGGCGUGGUAUGGCGGUCAGCCCUCGCUAAUGUCUGUUCACCGAAGCAAACGCAAGUUUCGAGCAAAGCUCGUGGAGAAGUCGUAUCAAUAUCACAGUUACUGGUUAAGUCGUGCUAUCAGUCUGUCAUACUCAGUUUCAACUGGAGCCGGAGGGUUUUCAAUUGCACCGACUUUACGAGUACAAGCUCUCCUGGGAGAACAUAGCUGGGUCGCCCGAAGACUCCGCAUGUUCAACACAUUUGAUCAUCUCUGCUUUCCCAUGUUUAACGGAAACUUGGAUGAUUUGGUUCAUGAGUUUCAAAUUUCAUUUUCCGAAGGAAAGUCUGCCCCAUCCGACAUAGUGAGAUAUGGAGGCUAUAGUCGGGAACCAGCAUAUUCACUCGUGGAUUCUUUCACUCCCGUCCUUGCUGGGCAGGAACAUUGUAAUGUGUAUAGAUUUGUUCACUUUAUGAUUGAAAAUGGGUCUAUUCCAAAUAACGCCUUUUCACUUGGAGUUUUAAGCUACCUGUGCUCUGCAUUUCGCUGGGUUGGACACGAUUACAGUUUCGCCUCGCACCUGAUUGAGCUUGGCGGUCCUAUCAAAUUUCUACCACAUACACGGCUUGGAAGACAGAACAUGCAGGGCCUUCUUCUUAUGGAUGAAGAGUGCAUCAAUCUCCCAGACAUAGUAAAGAUCAUCCUUCGGGAAUCCGAUCAAGAGCUUAGAGAAGCACUUAACCGGAACACCGCACAGCCUGAUCAAAAGAUUAGGGCCGUAUCGUUGCUUGAAUUGGCGAUUGGUUGGCCUCUAGGGGUACAGAUUCUUAUGGAAUUCGGGGCGAACGCCAAAGCGGUUUCUCUUGGCUGUGCAUGCUACCAGCCUUCUGACACCGACGAUGACGAUUGCGAUGCCUAUUGUGCAUCCAUAACACCAUUGCUCAAAGCUGGAUGCAAAUUUGAUGUGUAUGACAUCUUUUCUUGUAAAUCUAAGACAGUAAGGUCACUCUUGAUUCAAGAGCUGGUCAGACGACGAAGGAAACUGUGGGACUUGGCUAAAGCUUACUUGCCGCCGAAUAGGCUUAGAGAGUUUAAUACCCAAAAAGAUGCAAUUGUCGAUGCCCAAGCCGCUAGAUUGCAUGCUGAACUUGUUGCACAAGGAUGGGAGAUUGAUUGUUCUUUGCAGGUCAACUGCCAAAAUAGUGGCCGAUCUCUUUACCAUUGCCGUGGAGCCUUCCCCGAAGCAAGUGAGGAGCUUUACGGAGCCGGCUUUCUAGAUAUCGAUCUCCGCGAUAAGUCUGGUUUUACACCCUUGAUGCUGUCUAAUUCGGCCUCAUAUAUGACAGUGGAUCAAUCCCAAUGCAAAAUUGAAAUGUGCAUAUGGUUUGCUUCCAAAGGAGCAAAUUUGGCUGAAGUGUUGCCCAAAUCCAAGGCGACGGUUGCUCAUCACAUUAGCUCGGUGGUUGUUGAAAAGGUUUUUCGAGUCAUCCAAGGUGACUAUCGGUAUGGAACAAAAGAUUGGCCCAGAUUCGAGGCACUUAUCACAGAACACAAAGAUACUGUGUUCUUUGUCCCUUCUAUUCGGGAUGAUUGUGUCUGUGCAUGUUGCGUUGGUGGUUGUACUAAUGUUUCGGUGGCACUUCGAAAGGCCACUAGAAUCACUGCCAUGUUUUGUGAACUUGGCCUGGGAGAGGAGUCCAGUCUUUUCCGCCGAGUCUACCAACUACUUGUUUCAUGGACCAACUCCAGACCGGGCUUUGCUCAGACCAUUAUCAGAUUUUUUACCUUUGAGACAUUGCAGUUAAGGCAUACGUGCUGCACUGAAAUCGACCAUAUGCCGGAAUUUGGAUGGAAAAACGUUAGGGAUCAGACAGAGCUAGAACGCAUUCGGGAGGAAGACCAACAAGGCCUCCAUGAACUCGAACAGCUCGUUUCUGAGUUUGAAAUCCGCUUCAACGAACUGGGGCUGCCUAUCGGGGAGUUUAUGAGUCGUUAUUGGUAUACUCGAAUGGUUGAAUUUCUCUCGAAGCGUGGCCCUUACGAUGAAGAAUAUCACCAGCGGACAAGAAGUUUUGGUGUGUUUCUGAAGGCCGACGAGAACACCGUUCCCGAUGUUGUUAAUUGGUUUAGUUCUCCCCUUUAG